UUAGGCCUCCAUUUUUACCAGGACGUCUGCAGCAGCUGUCCCCUGGCAUGUCAGCGGGAGUGCCACAGUUGUGAUACAGGGGUCAGAAGUAAACCGAGGCUGCUGCACGCAGGUUGAUCCAGGAAGGUUUAUCCUCACUUUCUUCAGUCGGUCCAGGACCUGCAGCCCCACCAUGGCGGAUCAGUACCAAUACAACACCAAUGAGGAGAAGUUUGUGAAGGACAGCCACACCAAAGAGAUAGAUCUAAUUAACAGAGAUCCCAAGCAGAUCAAUGACGAUGUGGUGAAGGUGGAGUUUGAGGAUGUCAUUGCAGAGCCUGAUGGUACACACAGCCUGGAUGGGGUGUGGAAGCUCAGCUACACCACUUUCACUGUGUCCAAAUACUGGUGCUACCGCAUCCUGUCUGCUGUCUUUGGGAUCCCCGUUGCCCUGCUCUGGGGCUUCCUGUUUGCCUGUAUCUCCUUCUGCCACAUCUGGGCUGUGGUGCCCUGCAUCAAGAGUUGUGUGAUUGAGUCGCAGUGCGUCAGCCGCAUCUAUUCCCUUUGCAUCCAGACCUUCUGCGAUCCCUUCUUUGAAGCCCUGGGCAAGAUCUUCAGCAGUGUUCGUGUUGCACUGCGCAAAGAAGUCUAAGAACUCAUUCAGUAGUGUUGAUAGUGUGAUCGGAUUAAGUUUGGUAUCUUUUUAUACACCAGAAGAUCAGACAUGGCAUCUCACUCGCUGUCUAAUUCUCUUCCUCCACCCUUCAUGACAUGUUGUUCCCGACCCUCCCAGCGUCAGACUCACAGCUCUGACAUGCCCACUGUGGAUUUUGCCAGCAGACGUUUUGUGACAGCUGAAGCAGGCAAUGUGGUUCUCUGACAGCUCUGGUACUCCUGGAGAAAAGGACUGCCCUCAUUUAUUAUUUGUGACACAAAAAGCUCGGACAACAGCCCCUCGUUCACUGCACAAGUCCACAAUACUGCUGUGCCUGUGGAUGUUGCUGCUUUAUUGCAUUGCAUUUUGGCUAUCUUAAAAAUGAUAUUGAUGAUGCUGUGUCUGGAACUCCCUAACAAGCGUGAAAGAAUUUAGUUAAAGGAAUUUAUCUUUGUUUGAUCCAGUUUCUUUAUGUAUUCUGAUAUUUUUCCCCCUAAUUUCUGAUGACUCUACAGAACCCACUGUUUUGAUGACUUAUACGUGCACAUAUGUUUCAAAUUCUUCCUUUAUUCAAAGUGUGAUGAGAUGAAUAAUAAAAAUGCUUAUUUGCAUAUUUCAGUCAAUUAUACAUAUAUAUAAGUAUGGAGUGAAGUAUAAAUUCUCUGUGAGAUCUGUGUUAAUUUUUCACAGUGUGUUAUUUUUGGCAGAGAACACACCUUUGCUGCCCUUUAGGACCUGUAGUGUGAGAAGCUGAAUUAUAUGUGGAAUGAAACAAAAACUUAUUUUUUGAUGAGUAUAUGUUACACCACUGCUGCAAGGUUUGACUGAGAGUAUAUUAUGUGCAUUUUUCAAAUCCUUCUGAGAGGCAUCAGAAAAUAUCUACACCAAACAUCUGUGUUUCCGUCCUUCUGGAAGAGGUGACCUGUGAACUGUGACCCACCAGAGGUUACUGUUGUGUAUCUUUUGUGUGCUUUCAUGUGUGUGUGAGAUCCUUGAUCAAUAAUUCAUUGUCACCACGCUCUCUCUCUCUUUUUUUUUAUAUGCCUCAGUGUGUUUUAUCUAUACACUGGUUUUGUUUAAUCCAUGCAAAGCUCUAGAAAAUAUACAGUUACUGCUGAGAAACAGCAAACUCUUUAAGGUGUUAUCUCACUGUUUAAUGCCAAUCACAUGCAAUCACGUUUUAUUAAAAAUUAAACAGCUUUAAUCGCUUUUAUUUCGCUAGAAUGGCACUCUUAAUUUUCCUAACUUAAUUAGGUUAAACUGUCACUGUAGACGACACAUUUUAAUAAGCAAGACACACAUUUUUACUGAUAUUUAUGAUUCUUACCAGGGAUUCCCGGGUUGAGUCCACUGCAAAGCAAAUUAAAACUGAACACAGAGCUUUAUCUGCAAAAGCAGAUUUUCACUUUCAAGAGCACUGAAUUAAUUGCUGAAUGUCCUGAAAAAAAAAGCCACUCAGUAAGUAAAAUAUAUGUUUGCCAUGACUAAAAUACUCAUUAUUUGGUAAAUGGUAAAUGGACUGGUUCUCACAUAGCGCUUUUCUACUCUACUCAAGCACUCAAAGCGCUUUAUACAACAUAAUGGCUCACAUGUAUUUAUUUUUUUC